CCUCCCCCGAAUACUGAAACAUUGGCCCGGCUUUUUUUUUUAUUUCUGGAAACAACGGCAUGGAGGGAAUUACAACUCAGCAAGGCAGCACGGGCUAGAAGAUCUGACGAGCGGGACAAGGACUGUGAAUAAGAAUUCGUUGCAGAGCAGACUGCAUAACGACGGCCGGUUCACCUCGUCUGUAAGCCGGCAGGCUCCAGUGUCGCAGCUGAUGACUGUCCCUCAGCUGGUUGGACUACAGGGCUGAGUGGGAAGCCUGUGCUGUUGCUGAGGGGGUGCCCCGGCUUGUAUGUUGGUCACUUGCAGUCGCACUCACUCACAAGGACCAUGUGGUUUUCUCCAAGGAGAAGUCUUCUCCCCUCGCAGAACUGGAACGGUGCCCACAGUUGCACCAAUUUCAGCGUGUCCUUGUGGGUAUUGAGUUUUUGUUGGUGCUUUGCGGCCGUGAGAGGACAGAACUACCACCCCACUGUGAACACGCAGUAUGGGAAACUACGAGGGGUGAGGGUGCCGCUGCCUAGUGAUAUUCUAGGGCCCGUGGACCAGUACCUAGGGGUUCCGUAUGCCGCUUCCCCAGUGGGAGAAAAACGCUUCAUGCCCCCUGAGCCUCCUUCUUCCUGGUCAGGGAUCAAGAACGCCACCCACUUUGCUCCUGUCUGCCCCCAAAAUAUUCACAAUGCUGUGCCAGAGAUCAUGAUGCCGAUAUGGUUCACCUUCAACCUGGAUAUAGUUACCACAUAUAUACAGGAUCAACACGAGGAUUGUCUUUAUUUAAACAUCUAUGUUCCAACAGAGGAUGUCAAAAGAAUAUCCAAGGAAUGUGCCAGGAAACCCAACAAGAAAAUGUGUAGAAAAGGAGGGGCCCAUGCAAAAAAACAGGGCGAGGAUUUAUCGGAUAACGACGGUGAUGAAGACGAAGACAUACGAGACACCGGUGCCAAGCCCGUGAUGGUCUACAUCCACGGAGGAUCCUACAUGGAGGGGACGGGCAACAUGAUCGAUGGGAGCGUCCUGGCCAGCUACGGGAAUGUCAUUGUUAUCACUCUCAACUACCGCGUCGGAGUCCUCGGCUUCCUCAGUACCGGUGACCAGGCUGCCAAAGGAAACUAUGGGCUCCUCGACCAGAUCCAGGCUUUGAGGUGGAUCAGCGAGAACAUCGGCUUCUUUGGCGGCGACUCCAACCGCAUCACUGUGUUCGGUUCUGGGAUCGGAGCCUCCUGCGUCAGCCUGCUCACCCUGUCCCACCACUCUGAAGGUCUGUUCCACAGGGCCAUCAUUCAGAGCGGGUCAGCCCUCUCCAGCUGGGCGGUGAACUAUCAGCCGGUCAAGUAUACGCGUCUCCUGUCGGAGAAGGUGGGCUGUAACGUCCUGGAUACCUUAGACAUGGUGGACUGUCUGAGGAAGAAGAGCUCCAGGGAGCUGGUGGAGCAGGAUAUACAACCAGCGAGGUACCACGUGGCCUUUGGACCGGUAAUCGACGGUGAUGUUAUCCCGGAUGACCCCGAGAUCCUGAUGGAGCAGGGCGAGUUCCUCAACUACGACAUCAUGCUGGGGGUGAACCAGGGCGAAGGGCUGCGCUUCGUGGAGAACGUGGUGGACUCGGAGGACGGCGUGUCCGGGAAUGACUUUGAUUUCUCCAUCUCAGACUUUGUGGACAGUCUGUACGGGUACCCAGAGGGCAAGGACACGCUGAGGGAGACCAUUAAGUUCAUGUACACGGACUGGGCAGACAGGGACAAUCCAGAGACCAGGCGCAAGACGCUGGUGGCUCUCUUCACCGAUCACCAGUGGGUAGAGCCAUCGGUGGUGACGGCUGAUCUCCACGCUCGCUACGGCUCUCCCACCUACUUCUACGCCUUCUACCACCACUGCCAGAGCCUGAUGAAGCCUGCCUGGUCGGACGCCGCCCACGGGGACGAAGUGCCCUAUGUUUUUGGAAUUCCUAUGAUUGGUCCCACUGACCUUUUUCCCUGUAACUUUUCAAAGAACGAUGUCAUGCUCAGUGCUGUGGUCAUGACCUACUGGACCAACUUUGCCAAGACUGGGGAUCCCAACAAACCGGUUCCCCAGGACACCAAGUUCAUCCACACCAAGGCCAACCGCUUCGAAGAGGUGGCCUGGUCCAAGUACAACCCCCAGGACCAGCUGUACCUGCAUAUCGGCCUGAAGCCACGUGUGCGCGACCACUACCGCGCCACCAAAGUGGCCUUCUGGAAACACCUAGUGCCCCAUCUGUACAACCUCCACGACAUGUUCCACUACACCUCCACCACCACCAAAGUGCCCCCGCCAGAGACCACGCAGAACAACCUGUCCACCAAGAGACCCAACGGGAAAACCUCCUGGCCAUUCAACACCAAGCGGCCUCCCAUGUCCCCGGCCUACAACAGUGAGGACAAAGACACUUGGAACGACGAUGAGGAGACGGGGCCACUGGUGGUGGAGAAUCCUCGGGAUUAUUCCACAGAGCUCAGCGUCACCAUCGCCGUCGGAGCCUCGCUGCUGUUCCUCAACGUGCUGGCCUUCGCUGCCCUCUACUACCGCAAGGACAAGCGGCGGCAGGACUCCGGCCAUGGGCAGCCCAGCCCACAGCGCCAGACCACCUCCAACGACAUUGGCCACCACGCGCCCGAGGAAGAGAUCAUGUCGCUGCAGAUGAACCAGACGCACCAUGAGUGCGAGGCGGGGAACAGCAACGAGGGGGCCCUUCGCUUGGCCUCGCUGCCCGACUACACGCUCACUCUGCGGCGCUCUCCAGACGACAUCCCCCUCAUGACCCCCAACACUAUCACCAUGAUCCCCAAUUCCCUGGUGGGCAUGCCCAACCUGCACCCGUACAACACCUUCACAACCGGCUUCAACUCCACCGGCCUGCCGCACUCCCACUCAACCACCCGUGUAUAGCUUUAGGAGGCCAGGGACAGCCGGCGCAGGCGGCAGGGUGGGUGGGAGGGCGAUUGUGUCGGUGGCGGAGGAGGAGGAGCAGGCGAACGAACAAACGGAGGAGAGGAUUGUGUUUUAUAAAUAUCACAGGGAGGGGGAGGGCUACGAGGGGGAGGGCAGGAGUCGGAUUAAAAUGUGAAGAGAUUUAACUAGACUUUUACAACGAGGAGAGUUGCUGAGAGCUCUCUGUGGAUGUCAAGUUGUGCAGAGCUGCCAAAAUCAAACUGCUUCCCUUCCUCUGAUCGGGGGGAAGGGGGUCUUUCUGCAGUGUUUUUUUCUAAAAUAAUCAUUUUAAAAGCCUUUUUAAGCAGACUGAGGACAUAUCAACACUUUUUUUUCUUGAAUUCAUAACAGAAAUAAAGAAAAAGUGCUUUUUAUUUCCCAUCCCUUGCUCCUGCGGGAGACACAUCUAGAAGGAUGGCCUCUGCGUCAAUAUUCGCGAAAAAUGUUUUUAAUUGCUUCUUUCUUUUGUUUUACGUUUCAAUGCCUUACGAAGCUUGUUCUUUUUUGUCAUUAUUUCUAUUCCCUGAGACUAUUCCAAGUGGAGCCUGUUACAAAGCAGAUGAGACUCAAAGAUGAGAGACUGAAUCGAGGAUGGGAACCUAGAGGAUAUGCAGAUGUAGAGAUUUUAUGCCCAUUUUGGGCAACUUUUUUUUUUUUCUUUCUGUUGUGUAUCAACACAACAACAACAGCCACACAAAUGAUGUUAUCUUUUUUUUUUUGCAUAUAGAAAUAAUUUGUGUGGGACAGCACUUGCUGAGAGGAAGCAGAGAUAAAUACUAUGUUACUGUGAUUGUUUUGUUAAGAAAAAAAGUGCAUCUUUUACAGCCAAUUUAUCUGUUAAGCUAUCCGAUAUUAUCUCCACAAAGUGUGCACGUACACAUGCUGCUUAGAGCACCUGUGUGUUUGUGUGCAUGUGAAAAUGAUUUCUCAUUCCUCGCGUGCAAGUGCAGUGAAGAGACACAUUGUCGGAACUUGCAAAUGCGGGAGUAGAGAAAGAGUGUGUGUGUGUGUGUGUGUGAGAGAGAGAGAGAGAGAGAGAGAGAGAGAGAGAGAGUGUA